UCUCUGCUUGCGCUGUCCUCCGAUGUCAGGCUGUUAGCUGUCCUUAACUCGUCCGUUUGAGAAGGAUUUUUAUCUUCUCCUUCCGUCCUCGCCUUCCAUAAUGCGUCUCCAGGGUGCAGCAGCGGCCUUGGGCCUCUUCUGUGCAGCGACCGCAUCUCUUCAUCCUCGCCGUUCCUACGAGACUCGUGAUUAUUUCGCCCUCCACCUUGACGCCUCGACGUCCCCGUCGGAUAUUGCCGCACGAUUAGGUGCUCGCCACGAAGGCCAGGUAGGAGAACUUGACGGUCAUCAUACGUUCUCCUUACCUAGGGAGAACGGCGCCGAUCUCGACGCGCUUCUGGAAGAUCUACAAAUCAAGAGAAAGCUGCGACGGCGUGAUGGCGAUCUCGGCGCUCUCGACAAGAGAGACAAAGACCUUGCCGGCAUUCUGUGGUCCCAGAAAUUGACUCCGAAGCAACGGCUGGUGAAACGAACGCCUCCGCCUGAGAAGCUCGCCAGAGAUCCCAGCAGCGACGGAGAGGAGAAGGAGGACGUGGAAGCCGCGCAAGCCCGGAGUAAGUUGGUUUCGACGCUCGGUAUCGAGGAUCCCAUCUUUACGAAACAGUGGCACUUGUUCAAUACCGUACAAGUUGGCCAUGACCUGAAUGUUACUGGCGUCUGGCUGGAAGGAAUCACUGGGAAAGGUGCAACAGCUGCGAUUGUGGAUGAUGGCUUGGAUAUGUACAGCAACGACUUGAGCCCCAACUACUUCCCUGAGGGUUCGUGGGACUUCAACGACCACACCGCGGAGCCUAGGCCACGACUUCGCGAUGAUCGGCACGGUACCAGAUGCGCGGGAGAAGUUGCCGCCGCGAGAAACGAUGUCUGUGGCGUGGGUGUUGCCUAUGACAGUCGGAUUGCUGGAAUCCGAAUCUUGUCCGGACCUAUUGACGACACCGACGAGGCUAGCGCCAUCAACUAUGCUUAUCAGGAAAACGAUAUUUACUCGUGCUCUUGGGGUCCUCCUGACGACGGCGCUACGAUGGAUGCUCCCGGUAUCCUCGUCAGUCGGGCAAUUGUCAAUGGUGUCCAGAAGGGUCGUGAUGGAAAAGGUUCGAUUUUUGUCUUUGCAGCUGGCAAUGGGGCAGCUUCUGGUGACAACUGCAACUUUGACGGCUAUACCAAUAGCAUUUACAGCAUCACAGUGGGAGCGAUUGACCGAGAGGGACAGCAUCCCCAAUAUUCAGAGUCCUGCUCCGCCCAGCUUGUGGUUGCUUACAGUAGUGGAAUUUCGGAUGCAAUCUCCACCACUGAUGUUGGUACAGACCGGUGCUACUCCGUCCACGGGGGUACAUCUGCCGCUGGCCCGUUGGUUGUAGGCGCCAUAUCUCUUGCUUUGAGUGUUCGUCCCGAACUCACGUGGCGCGACGCCCAGUACAUUGUACUCGAGACUGCAGUUCCAGUCCACGAGGAUGAUGGAAGCUGGCAAGUCACCAAGUCCGGAAGAAAAUUCAGCCACGAUUGGGGAUAUGGCAAAAUCGAUGUAUAUAGUCUCGUGCAAAAAGCCAAGACCUGGGAGCUGGUGAAACCGCAAGCGUGGUAUCACUCACCGUGGUUGAGAGUACAGCACGAGGUUCCGCAGGGCGACAAAGGUGUCGCUGCGUCCUGGGAAGUGACCGAGCAGAUGAUGAAAGAUGCCAAUCUCGAGAAACUCGAGCACGUCACCGUGACCAUGAACGUGAAUCACACACGCCGUGGUGAUUUGAGCGUGGAACUGCGCAGCCCUGAAGGCAUAGUCAGCCACCUCAGCACACCAAGAAAGAAUGAUAACGCAGAGGUCGGAUACAUUGACUGGACGUUCAUGACAGUUGCUCACUGGGGUGAAUCUGGCGUUGGCACAUGGACCGUUAUUGUUAAAGACUCUACUGUCAAUGACAACGUCGGAGAAUUCAUCGAUUGGCGACUCAAUCUCUGGGGUAUGGCCGUUGAUGGUGCCAAGCAAAAGUUGCACCCUCUACCGGACGAACAUGACGAUGAUCAUAGCAUUGAGGAUGCUAUUGUUGUUACCACUAGCGUUCAGCCAGCACCCACCGCCACCGAAGCUCCAGUUGAACCCUCACAUACCGUUGAUCGUCCUGUGAAGGUCAAGCCUACUUCGACAGGCUCUGCUUCCGAAACUGAAACCCCUACGCCCACCCCGACCCCGGCCUCGGACAGCUUCCUUCCCUCUUUCUUCCCAACCUUUGGUGCCUCCAAGCACACGCAAGUCUGGAUCUACGCUGCGAUUAGUUCGAUCAUCGUCUUCUGCAUUGGGCUUGGAAUUUACUUCCACGUCCAGCGACGUAGACGUCUUCGCAACGACCGUGACGAUUACGACUUCGAAAUGAUCGAGGACGAGGAUGAGGCGAAGGCCAUGAAUGGGUCGUCCCGUCGCCGUGGUGGUGAACUCUACAACGCCUUCGCUGGAGAAAGCGAAGAGGAACCCCUAUUCAGUGAUGAGGAUGAUGAUGAGCCGUACCGAGACCAGACGACAGGUGCUGAGCUGAGGACAAGCGCAGAUGAUACCCGGAGAAACGACUAGAAAAGUCGUGAUUGUAUUCUUAUAUCUUAUUCAUAUAUCCCGUUCCUCCUGUACCUACAGUUUUUUCCCGCCUUUCUGUCCCUAAUCGCGAUUCUUGGAUUACUGCAUUGCUCAGAUCAGGAUUCUCCAUUUCAAAAUAAAUGAACAAGUGUACAUACUGAGCACGAACAGCUAGCAUUCGAGUCACAAGGCCCAUAUUUGAACCU